UCUGUUGUGUUUUACAUGCAGAUGGCUGACUUAGUAUUCAAUUUUGAGAUUCAUCAUGGUGGGCAGUUUGUGUGGAACCCAGAUUUGGUAUAUUUAGGAGGUAGUACUUCUUUUGUUGAUAAUGUUGACCCAGAUAGACUUAGUUAUUUUGAAAUACAAGAUAUUUGUUGUGAUGUGGGGGCACUUAGUACAAGUAGAUAUCAUUAUCUUAUUCCUGGAGGUAAUUUGGAGCAAGGGUUAAGGCUUAUAAAUGAAGAUGAUGAUGUUGUUUAUAUGUGUGAGAUCCAUGCUGCAUGGCCUACAGAUAAGAUAACACUAUAUGUUGAGGGUGGUGAGGAGCCACUUGCUGUUGAACAACCAUUUGGUAAUGAGGAAGUAGCAAAUGAUGAUGAUGAUGUGCAUGAGGUGGGUGAGAGUGAUGAUGAUGUGCAUGAGGUGCAUGAGGGAGGUAAUGUGGAUGCUGAAGGAGGUGAUAUUGAUUGGUUAGAGGAAGGGUUUGAGGGGCCAGAUUUUGAUGAUGAUGUUUUUGGAAAUGUAGAUGAUGGGCCAUCUACACAUGCAGCCCCACAUAGGCCCUCUGAAGGAGAUGAUGGGCCAUCUACCCAUGAGGAUGUACAUGUGUAUGCAGCCCCACAUAGGAAUACUGCAGCUGACAAUGACCCACCUCUUGAAGAGGGUGAAUGGAUUGACCCACCUCUUGAAGAUGACAUGGAAAGUCUAGUAGGGUCUGAUGAUGAUCAGCCAGCACCAGCUGCAAAAGAACCUGAGUUUAAUGUCCAAACUGACAUGAGAAAGCCAGAGUUAAGGAAAGGAAUGAAGUUUCCAAACUCUAAAGUAUUUAGGGAGGCAUUGAGGGAAUAUGCGAUAAAGAAGCCAGUAAAUAUCAAGUUCAAGCUGAAUGAGAAGAAGAAGAUAUCAGUUUAUUGCAUCAAUGAAUGUGGAUGGAGGUGUUAUGCAUCUCAACUACCUGAAGAGUUGACAUUCCAAAUAAAAACAUUCAAUCCGGAGUGCACUUGCCCUAGAUCCUUCAAACACAGCCAAGUGACUUCAACUUAUGUUGCAAAGAAGUUUAUGCAGGAGUUUGACAAAAACCCCAAUUGGAAAGUGGCUGGUGUUCAACAUCAUGUGAAGCAAGCACUUGAAAUUGACAUAAGUUACAGUCAAGUGUAUAGGGCAAAAAGGAAAGCUACUGACUUGAUUACUGGGGAUGAACAGCUGCAAUAUGGGAAACUUAGGGAUUAUGCAGAGAUGAUAAGAUUGAAUGAUAAAGGAAGUAGGGUUAUUUUGCAAACUGAAAUGGAAGAUGAAAAUGCACAGCCGAAAUUUAAGAGAAUGUAUAUUAGGUAUAAUGCACAAAAACUUGGGUUUUUGGGAGGUUGUAGACCAAUUAUUGGUUUAGAUGGGUGCCACUUGAAAGGCAGAUUUGGGGGGCAAAUACUUUCUGCCAUAGCUAGAGAUGCAAAUGACAAUAUUUUCCCAGUUGCAUUUGCUGUUGUUGAGCAAGAAAACAAAGAUUCAUGGGUAUGGUUUCUGCAGCAGUUUUCAGAUGACAUUGGGGAUCCAGAGCAACUUAAUCUGGUCUUCAUCAGUGAUAGACAAAAGGGCCUUAUACCUGCAAUUGAGAUGCUGUUCCCAACUUGUGAGCAUAGAUAUUGUGUGAAGCAUAUCUAUAAUAAUUUCAAAGUGGAUCAUAAGGGCUUGGAGUUGAAGGAUGCACUGUGGAGAUGUGCUGGAGCCACAACAGUCAGGGAGUUUGAGAGAAGAAUGCAGGAAAUGAAGGAUUUGGAUGUCAAGGCAUGGGAGUAUCUUGCUGACAUCAACCCUGCACAAUGGUCUAAGUCUCACUUUAGUAGUAGAGCUUUGUGUGAUUGUUUAGCUAAUAAUUUAAGUGAGUCUUUUAAUACCAUGAUUUUAGAAGCUAGGGAUAAGCCAAUUUUAGCAAUGUUGGAGUGGAUUAGAGUUAGGCUCAUGACCAAAUAAUACAAAAAGAUGAGAGGUAUAGCAAAAUACACUGGAAAAGUUUGUCCUAAUA